AGGUUACUUUGUUCGUCCGGUACAGUUUGAAAAGUCAGCUGACAGGAGUGGCAGUUUCAUUGACUUUGCGGCUUUUACUUUGUUUAUUAAUUUAAAAAGUAAAGUGAUUUAAGUAAAAAAGUAACAAUGAGCAGUUCCAGUGUUAAAAUGUGUGAUCACAGUGAAUAUCAAACACCUCUGUCGACUCGUUAUGCUUCCAAGGAAAUGCGCUUUAAUUUUAGCGAUGAUAACAAAUUUAGCACGUGGCGAAAACUUUGGAUCUACCUGGCUAAAGCUGAAAUGGAAUUGGGAUUGAGCGUAACACCUGAUCAAAUUGCUGAAAUGGAGGCUCACAUCAAUGAUAUUGACUAUGAGGCUGUGGCAAAAGAAGAAAAUUUAACAAGACACGAUGUCAUGGCUCAUGUUCAUAUUUUUGGAAAAUUAUGUCCAAAGGCUUCGCCUAUAAUUCACCUCGGUGCGACGAGCUGCUAUGUCGGAGAUAAUACUGAUUUGAUUGUUAUGCGAAAUGGAUUUGACAUCUUGUUGCCGAAAUUGGCAGCUAUACUUUCGCGACUUUCGAAAUUUGCAACGGAACAUCGAUCACUGCCAACUUUGGGCUUCACUCAUCUUCAACCAGCUCAAUUGACGACAGUUGGUAAAAGAACAACUUUAUGGAUGCACGAUUUAUUGAUGGAUGAAAGGGCAAUUCGUCGAGCUAGAGAUGAUCUUAAAUUUCGUGGUGUUAAAGGCACAACAGGAACUCAGGCCUCGUUUCUUCAAUUAUUUAAUGGUGAUGGAGAAAAAGUAAAGAAAUUGGAUUCAUUAGUUACAAAAAUGGCUGGAUUUGAUAAAUAUUAUUCCGUAACUGGUCAAACUUAUUCUAGAAAAGUUGAUGUUGAAUGUCUUAAUGUUCUGAGUUCUCUUGGAGCCACUGUACAUAAGAUUUGCAGUGAUAUUCGAAUUCUAGCAAGUAGAAAGGAAAUUGAAGAGCCUUUUGAAAAGACACAGAUUGGAUCGAGCGCAAUGGCUUAUAAGAGAAAUCCAAUGCGUUCUGAAAGAUGUUGCAGCAUUGCACGACAUUUGAUGAUAUUAACAAACAAUGCACUUCAAACGGCAGCAACUCAAUGGAUGGAAAGAACACUUGACGAUUCAGCGAAUCGACGCAUUACUCUCGGUGAAGCAUUUCUUGCUGCCGAUUCUAUAUUGAUGACAUUGCAAAAUAUCUCCGAGGGUUUGGUUGUUUAUCCUAAAGUUAUUGCCAGAUUUAUCGCUCAGGAAUUACCUUUUAUGUCCACUGAGAACGUUAUCAUGGCAAUGGUCAAAGCUGGAGGCGAUAGACAGGUUUGUCACGAGAAGAUUCGAGUUUUAUCUCACGAGGCAGGAGCUCAAGUCAAGCAACACGGAUUGGAUAAUGAUCUUGUUGAAAGAAUAAGAAAAGACUCGUAUUUCCAACCGAUAUUAGAUCAACUUGAUGAUCUUUUGGAACCGGCAACAUUUGUGGGAAGAGCUCCAGAGCAGGUUUUAGAAUUUUUGCAAGAUGAGGUGCAACCUGUUCUAAAUUUGUAUAAAGAUUUGGAUUUGAAGACAGUCAAGCUAAGUAUAUAAAUUAAAAUCAAUUGAAAAAAAAAAUGAAUUACAAGGAAUUUUAUAAAUGAAUAACAAUUGUGAUUAAUAAUUAUGCUUUUUAUUAAACAACGCAUAUAUAUGUGUAUAUUGACUUGUAUAUUCGUUAGAUGAUUUUUACAGAUUUGUAUAAUUUUUAAAACAAAAAAAAAGAAUGUCACGAUUUUAUUCACCUCGAUGCAUUAAGUACAAAAUAAACUUUUAUAAAACUUAA